AUGUCGUCCAGCAAGAUACAGACCCAGACAACCCAGCCCCGGUCCCAGGCCCGCACCAAGACCAAAAGCACCAAGACCGCAAAAUCCGCGAAACGCACCGGCUACGCCAGGCACAAGGCGGCCGCCACAAAGAAGCGCGACCCGACGCCGCAGCGCCUACCCAUCCCGCCACCUUCGCCACAACCGCAGAAGUCCGGAGUGCGAGCAAUCAUGCGGGCCGCCAACGCACACCAGUUCAAGCCGCCGCUGUAUCCGGACGAGUGUGCCGUCUGCUUCGACGAGCUGGAGCUGGACAUGUGGUACACCGUGUGCCCUCCUCGCCUGCCUGGCUGGCUGGCCGAUCGGAUCGAUGCUUCACCCGCCAUCCUUGAUCUUUUCUCUGCCGUUUCCCUCUUCUUCUACAAAGGUUCCUUCGGCUGA